GUCCCAACAUCCUUUGCGUUUCCAAUAUGGAAGAACUGGCGGUGGAGGUCCGUGGCUCCAACGGGGCUUAUUACAAGGGCUUUGUCAAAGAUAUCCACGAUGACUCUCUCACCAUUGCCUUUGAGAACAAUUGGCAGCCAGAACGCCAAGUGCCCUUCAGUGAUGUCAGGAUGCCCCCACCUGCUGAUGUCAAGAAGGAGAUUGGAGAGGGUGACGAGGUGGAGAUCUUUUCUAGAGCCACUGAACUUGAGCCGUGUGGUUGGUGGUUGGCUAAAGUCCGCAUGAUGAAGGGAGAUUUCUAUGUGAUUGAGUAUGCAGCCUGUGAUGCGACUUACAACGAAAUAGUGACCUUUGAACGUCUGCGUCCGGUCAACACCAACAAGGCCAUCACCAAGAACUCCUUUCACAAGUGCUUUGUCCCGGUUCCUCAGGAUCUACAAGAAGCGUGCCAGAAUGAAAAUGCUCAUAAAGACUUCAAGAAAGCCGUGGGAGCCUCUCACAUCUCAUACUGCCCUGAGACCAGCCAACUAGUGAUUGUGUCCACCAACGAGACGACAGUGAAGCGUGUGUCUUUGCUGAGUGACAUGCACCUGCGCAGCCUCAGGACCAAGCUACUUCUAAUGUCACGCAACCAGGAAGCCACAAAACACCUUGAGAACUCCAGGCACUUGGUGUCUUCCUUCCAGGAGGAGUUUACAGUGAGACUGGAUCUAAUGGGCCUGGCCAUUGGCAGCCAUGGUAGCAACAUCCAGCAAGCCCGGAAGGUUCCAGGUGUAACUGCCAUUGAGCUGGAUGAGGAGUCAGGCAAUUUCAGGAUUUAUGGGGAGACAGCAGAGGCAGUAAAGAAAGCCAGAAGCUUCUUGGAAUUUGUAGAGGAUUCGGUCCAGGUGCCAAGAAACCUUGUUGGCAAAGUGAUUGGUAAAAAUGGUAAGGUCAUCCAGGAGAUAGUGGACAAGUCCGGUGUGGUGCGUGUCAGAAUAGAAGGAGACAACGAUACCAAGCAGCCCAGACAAGAAGGAAUGGUCCCAUUCACAUUUGUCGGCACUAAGGAGAGCAUUGGCAACGUUCAGGUCUUGUUGGAGUACCACAUCUCUUACCUAAAUGAGGUGGAGCAGCUUCGUCUGGAACGGAUGCAGAUUGACGAACAGUUGCGUCAGAUUACCCAGGGGCACCGACCAGUUGACAGGGACAGGGGAGAGAGGGGGGAGAGAGGAGGCGGGUAUAAUACAGAAAACAAUGCCAAUGCCUCCUCUACGUCUGUGCAUGGCAGUCGCUCAUACAACAGCCGAGGACGUGGGCGCAGGGGCCACAACUACAGCACUGGAUAUGGCAACACCUCAGAGCAGUCCAACGCCUCUGAGACAGAUUCUGAGCGCAAAGAUGAGCUGAGUGACUGGUCUCUGGCUGGAGAGGAUCAUGAAAGGGAGCGGGAGAGAGGCCCACGGCCACAGAGAGAUGGCCGCAGAAGGCCAGGACCCGGCCGAGGAAGAGGAAGGGGACGAGGAGGAAGAGGAAGUUACAGCAACAGCUCUGCAGGGCCUCGAGACCAUGAGGACAACCAUCACUAUGGAGCCUUGGAGGCAAACACAGAGACCGAUCAGACAGCUGAUACAGAUGCUAGCGACUCCAACUUGCCUGCAAACCGCCGCAGAAGAUCUCGGCGACGCAGAACAGACGAGGAUGCCACUCUGAUUGAUGGCAUGAGCGAGUCAGACAACGCCUCUAUGAGUGAAAAUGGAACGGAUGACCAGGAAGCUAAACCUCAACGUCGUAAUCGUAGCCGACGUCGCAGAAACCGUCUGCCUGAAGAGAGGCAGCCAGGUAACCAGGCAACUGGAUCACCUAGUGUGCCCUCCUCCAUUACUGUGGCUGACUACAUAUCCAGGGCUGAGUCUCAGAGCAGACAGAUGAUCGGGAAGGACUCCCAGAAAAACAAGGAAGUGGGUCAGGUGGAUGUCAUCGCUGAACACAGCCCAAACUCUGCCGUGGCAACCACUAAUGGUUCUAACGGUGCAGCCGAUGGCGACGGCGACGGCAACAAUGGCACAAGAGCUCCCAGGUCUUCCACUGAGAAGUCCACUAAAGUCUCCUACAAGGGGGAAUCUAACCCACAAGCUGUUGUUAAUGGACUCUCCUAGUCAGGGCAAGGAAAAUGGUUUCAAAUAUUUGAACUUCUAGAGCUGCACUUGAUUGAAUCUCCAUGACUGGAGCAGCUUCAGAAGUGAACCAUAACAUUUAAAGCACUGUUCUCUCUCUCUCUUUUUUUAUUUUAGAUUUUCCAAAUAUUUGAGACCUGUUCCGCUGUGCAAAUUUCAGAGGUCAGAACCUGAACCUCCCUUUUUACACCUGUUUUAUCCAACUAUUCAUUUUACUUUUUUUUUUUUUUU